AGAAGAGGAGCCCAUAAAAGUGACAUUAAAAUGUCAAUAAUCACAAUCACAAUACCAAAGCUUAACCCACAAGACUUUUCUUAUUCUUCCUCUUUCAAUACAUACAAAACACCCAAAAAUCUAUUAAAUAAAAUAUCAAAAAUCAAUAAUUAAUCCAAAGACUUGAUUUUUAUGACUCACUCACUUGACCUCAUUCAGAUACACAGUCCUAUCUUUAUAAUUGAAUAGAGUUUGGGAAUUCUAUGACAAACCCUUUUCAAUUUGGUCAUUCAAUCAAUUGGGCCUUCAAGGAAUUUCAUGGUUGAUUCAGUUGGGAGGCAAGAAUUCGAGAAAAACCCAUUUGGGGUUUCAGGUUUGAAUCUUUGAUUAUAAUAUCUUGAUGGGGUUGUUUCAUUUAGUUGAUUUGAUUCCAAAGUUUUAAGCUUUAGAAUUGGGAAAUGUUUGAAGUUUAGAUUUUUAUGAACAACAUACCAAAGAUUUGAAAACCCAUUUAAUUAAUUAUGUCUUUAGAACCCUUUGGAUCGACUUUGCUUGUGGCUUUGCCUGAUGAUGUAUUAACAAUUGUUACUCGGUCACUUUCACCUAGAGAUAUAUGUAAUCUUGCUCUUUGUUGCCGUAGUCUACAUGAUCUUGUGGCCUCUGAGAAAAUCUGGCUUACACAGUGUGAUAUGGUUGGAAUUGUGCCACAUCAUGAGCUCAUUCAAUGGAGAAAUGCUGUGUCAUCUUAUAAAGCACUUUGUAGUUUUCUCUUUACUGUUAAACCCUUGAUGGGAAUUUGGGUUCAUCAGAAUCCUGAGCUUGGAAAUGUGGUUUAUGUCAUGCCUGGUUUUGUUUCUGUUGUUGGGUGUAGAAUUAUACCUCAGGAACUUGGGCCUUUAGGGAUUGAAGAUGGUCCUAUCUUAUGGGCUCCUGUGUUUGAGAUUUUUUGUGAUUUUGAUGGUUCUACUGCUUUUUACUUACAUGGUAGGGAGAAAGGGAGUGAUUAUUUGUAUCCAGGUUCGGUUAAGUCUAUCGAUUUGCAUUGCAAUGUGUUGUUGCUUGAGGUUGAGACUAGACCGCGUAGAAACGAGGUUAGAUUGUUGCAAAGUAGGAGUUUUGUUCAUUAUUCGGACAAGGAUGUUUCGAAAAGACAUGUUGGUAGAACAAGUAGUGGAUUGUCAAGAUCACAAAGGGUGUAUAGUCAGUUUGAAGCUUCUGUGGCUUUUAGCCGGUUGGGUUUUAGUGAUAGAAGAAGUUUGCUUGAGGUUAUUACGGGUCAAGUUCGUCUUAAGGUGCCUGAUUCAGCAAUUGGGCCGAUGUUUCCUUCGAUGAGAACUGAUGAGGAUAGUGUUUCUAAAGAUAUGGCACUGUUAAGUGAACGAAGAUCGGUACUGGUUCAAAUGCAUAAACUUGGGGGAACUCAUGUUGAUUGGAAGUUAAGUGCCCAAUUGCCGCCUGAUCCAACCCAGUUGGAAUUGAGUGAUAUCAAGAAGACUCUUGAACGAUCGAGUGGUCUUCAUUAUUCUACAAGUGAAGAUGAUGGCCACUCACAAAGCAAUAAGAAGAAAACUCUUGGCAGGUAUUUUCGGGAUAGCAUUAAUCAGAUUCUCGGGAAGUCUAAUGGCGGUCUUGCAGCUUCAAAGAAUGGUUCUUCGAGUAGUGAUAGUAAGCAUGCUCAGCUUUCUGAAUUUCUGAGAUCAGGAGAUACAAUUGGGCUGACAUUAGCUGCCUCUGCAAUGAAGUUAUCAUCGUAUAGAGCGUGGCCGAAUAUGCAUGACAGCCGGUAUGCUCUUUACAAAUUGCCAUUGCGCAUUCCAACUGCUGACGAAGAGUAUGCAGGUCUUUGGGGAGGAACUUUUGGCUGGCCACCCGGAAAACCUACCGAGGACAAACCUGGGAAAGCUUUGUUCUUUCUUUUGCUUUCGUACGAGGAGUCUCAAGGACAAAGGCUUCUCAUUGCAACCAAAAUAUUGGAAGGAACUCAUUAUGUUCUGCACCCAAAUGGCUCAGCAAUGUUUAUGGUGAAUGUUGAUGAUGUUUCGCCAGAUCCUUUUCCAUGGGAUGUUGAUGCUGAUUCACUUCCUCUGGUUGUGAAACAUGCUUUUUCGGGGGAGGGCAUUGCGAAUGGAUAUGGUUUUAGGUAUCCAGGAUCCAAACCCGGUUCUCUCUUUGUAUUCGAAAAUGGUCAUCUUGCCUUCAUUUGGAAAGAGACCAAGGCUGUCUUAACCCUGCAAAGGCUUAACUUGCAAGAGCUUUUGAAAAAAGGCGAAAAAGUGCAUGCUCUUCCUCCAACUGCAAAUUUUUCGUAUUUGACCAAGUCUUACUCAAAUGUUUUCGCUGGCUUCCCGAAUUCCUCAAGUUGUUUGUAUUCUUCACAAAGGCAAAGGCGUUAACUAGACAAUUCUCGGGUUCGGUUUAAUCAGUAUUUGGAGGCUUAAUGGUGAUAAGAACAAGUCAUGGGGAUCAUCUUGUUAAAGAGUAAGUAAAAGGGUUAUAAAUAAAGUUUGAAACUAAAAGAGUUAAAUUAUUGUAAGGUAAAAACAGUAACAAUAAAGUAAUGAAAAUUGAAGCACAUUGAAUUUUGCUUCAAUUGGCUUAUAAUUUUCCUAUAUUUUCCCUUUAAUCAUUUGUAACAUUAUACAUAUGUAUAUUUUUUUUUUAUAUAGUUGUUCCCUUUGGCUUGUAGAUUUUUAAGGGUGUGAAGUUGUAACUUUUAUGAUAAUUGAAGUCCCAUAAGAUCAACAAAAUAGAGUAUUUGGGUAUUAUAGCAAUAAA